CUGUGUUUAUUGUCUGCCGGCGGUCUGGCCUUUGUUGGGGGGCGCAGCAGUCGCAGAGAUGAGGCUGGAAACGGGGAUUGCGGAACCUGUGGCUUCUGCUGCUGUGUAACGUGCAUGUGCUCCGCGGCCGGAGAGAGAGAUUCAGGGCACGUCCGCUACGAGCAGCAGCGGCGGCCCCUCCCCACGCCGCCCGCAGACGGAGCCCACUGCACUCUUAAUACUCUGUUGCCUCUCCUGCCCGCCCUCCCUCCCUCCCUUCCUCCCCCCCGCCCUCCCUCCCUUGCAGUCCCACUGACCUAUUUUAUGGCGCACCGUCAAAGACAGGAGGAGUGUUUACUGUUUCGCGUUGUUUCUAGAGCCCGCACUAAGUCGGCCUGCUCUACUCCUCACCAUGUGACACGGCUCUGUUUUACACAAAGAGCUCUGCAGCAGCACACGCACAUGUUUAGCCUCGGCUACAGCCCCGUCCUCUCGUUAACCCUGUUAGCGGUCAACAAGCGGCACCACUGAAGCUGGACCGUCAAGGAGCCCGGAAGCAGACACACUGACCUACAUCCUGUUUAAGACACGGGUGGAAUCAGGGCAGUGGCUCGUCAGGCGUCCCGUCCCUGCUGAAGAUUGAAGAGGAGGCCAGUAAACCCAGUAACCUCCAGCAAGACUCCAGGGAGCUUCCAGCUAUUUGCAGAGGCAGCUGAAACACCCCUCACUCAAGACCCAAACUUGUCUCAUUUUCCAGUUUCCUUCGUCGAAACACUACUUCAAUGUCUGAGGUUUUUGUGGAGUUCCACCUCUUUUUAAUCUUCUUGGCUAAUUUGGACACUUGAACGUUUUGUUCUUGAGAGAUUAGUAACAGAAAUCAAUGAGGCUAUCCCUUCGAGGAGCACAAAUUCCCCAUCUGGAAGUUUUUGCUGAUCCUGCGACAUAGGUCAAACGUCUCACCAACAAAGCAGAAGGCUGAAAUAGUUCGACAUCUUUUCCCUCCCCCCUCUGCCCUCUGCUAGGGUCAUACUCUAGCCCCCACCAGGGAAAGAAAAAUGGAAAGUUUAAGUAUACACAUCCCAUCUACCAGCAACAAAAAUGCCAUGAAAGUCGACACCUAUCCCUCCUACAGCGACAGCCUCCCAUCCCCCGUCUCUGAGAGCGGGGGCCGGAUCAGCCGGCAGGCCAAAGGCGCCAAGCCCACCGUGACCUCGCGCCGCAAGCGCGAGUUCAUCUCCGACGAGAAGAAGGACGCCUCCUACUGGGAGAAGCGGAGGAAGAACAACGAGGCGGCCAAGCGUUCCCGGGAAAAGCGCCGGCUCAACGACAUGGUGCUGGAGAACCGCGUCAUGGCCCUGAACGAAGAGAACGUGCGCCUGAAGACGGAGCUGCUCCAGCUCAAGCUGCGCUUCGGCCUCAUCAGCACGGCCUCCUACAUGGAGAAAAGCCAGCAGAUCUCCAACAGCGUGGCGGAGGGCAGCUCCGGGGGCAGCUCCGGCGGCCUCCCCGGCAGCAACACCUACCUCUCCAGCAGCGGCUACUCCAGCGCCUCCCAGGUGAUGCUCAACUCGGACUCCUCGGAGACCGAGCAGUCCAGCCGCGGCGAGCGCCACGCCGCGCUCCACAAGUAUUCCCCGCGGGGCUCCGUGUCCGACAUGUCCGACGGCUCCUCCAGAGACAGCCCCGAGCCCAUCAGCUACAGCAUCAAGAAGGAGUCCUCCUGCGUGGAGAUGGAGGCGCUGGAGGGCGACGACGGCGUUCCCGACGGAAUGCCGGACGGGAAUUACCAUGGCAGCCACCAGACAGUGCUUUCAAUUCACCAGCAAAACACGACGUUGGCCGAAAGUGUGAGAGACUUCCAGCAGCAUCAUCACCACCAUCAUCUUCAUCAUCAUCAUCAGCAGCAGCAGCAGCAGCUCCACAUGGAGACGGCCCCAAACCCGGCUCCUCAGGCCACGUCCGCGCAGAGGAGUGUGAUCCUGUACCGCUCCAGCAGCGGCUGCUACCCCAUGGACAGCCAGAGGCCCGACGAGCAGCCGUCCCAGCAGAACAGGCACGCCGCCGCCCCCUCCAAGUUCUCCGACUGCUCGGUGACCAUCACCGAGGUGGCCGAGAAGCUGGAGAGGACAAAGACCAUGGACUCUCCUCAGUACGACUACAGCAGCGCUCAGCUGGAGUCUGCAGAGGAGCUGCAGCACAGGUACAGCGAGCACCAGGCGCACGCCAGCCUCCAGCACCGCGGCUUCCAACCCCCAGAGGACAGUCUCCACCAGAACCCCUUUGGGGCUGAUCUCAUCCACGACGAGGAGGCCAAGUCCUCCUUCAUGCAGCACAACGGCUACCUCAACACACUGGACGAAGAGCCCCCGGUGCUCACCUACGAGGGCGGCCCGCGGCCCGACGGCUUCUACCAGGAGAACUCUUCUGCUAAAGACACUUCCUCAAGCGACGGGGACCCUCGUAGCUCUGACAAGGAGGGCUCCACCGACGACGAAUCCCCCUCCUCGUCCUCCUCGGACACCAGCAGCUACCACCAGAAGGCGGAGGGGGCCGGCGGGCUGCACGGCGAGUGCCAGGCCGAGGUCAAAGCCACCGCCCUGCCCCACAAGCUCCGCCUCAAGUACAGAGCUCUGUCCAGCGGCGCGGCUGGGGCUCAGGCCGAGGGGCCGGUCCUCACAACUAUGUCCCCCUCCCCCACUUUACCGCAGCACCCUUACUUAGCUCUGCCCAACAACCAUCACAGCAGCCAGGCCGGCGGGGAAUGCAGAGAGGCGGAGAACGAGGCCGAGUACGCGGAGGAAGAGGCCAGGCCUCAGGUGAACGAGGGCGGCGAGGCUAAAAAGGACCGGGGGAAAAAGGGGUCGGGGAGCGGGAGAGGCGGGCGCAAUAAGAGGCGAGAUUAAGGAGAAACGGGAGCAGCUUGAGCAUUUUCCCUUUGGCUCACAUUGGCACCUUUAAAGACUGAGCAGAACCUGUGGUCUGUGCGUUUUAGGAUUCGAUAUCACCAUCGAGUUACACUGUGUCACCCAUACCCCUCCUGUCCUACCUCCCAGGAAUCUAACUCAGAUAACAGAUUAAUGAGGGAUGUGGCUAAACGAAACUCCGCAUCCGGAGUUUGUGACAUGUCCCUUGUGGAAAACUUAAAUUACUCGACUAUUCUUUUUGUAAAUUGCCUUCGAGGCCGGUCAGUGUUUGUUGUGGCAUUACAGGAGCAUUCCUUUUUACCAAAGACACACGCGUUUCCUUUACUAUCUCCCUUAUUGGCAGUUCCAUUCUUCCUUCCCCCAACCAUUGACCCUGUUAAAUGCUGGCACGUGAGUCCUCUUCACUCCUGAAGCACUUAGAUUGUAUAAUACUGUGACAUAUAAAUUUUCAUAUAUCGAAUAUAUAUUUUAAGAAGAAAAUUGUGUCAAAAACAAUAAAAAAUAAAAUGGUGGGAUGCAGAGGUGGUAGAGUAGUUUGUUGUAAUGAAACACCUUGUACAGUCCCUGUUUUUUUUAUUUUUUAAAAAGAAGCCUCAAAAAUAAUCUCUUUUACAAAACCUCUGAGACGCAACUUGUAAACUGUUAAAGGAAAAAAAAAGCAAGAGGGGCUGUUUUUUCUUCUUGUUUUUAGAUCAGCAUCCUUGCGCGAAUCAUUUGUGCUCUUAGACACGGUAAAAAAAAAAAGAACCACUUAUUCACAUAUCAAAGCUACACAGUCAGAUAUGGCUGUUUUUUUUUAAUUUUUUUAAUUAAUUUAUUCUUUUUUAAAGGUGACAAGCACAAGGCAAGUCUUUUUUUUUUCUUUUUUUUUU